AUUAUCCAGAACAUUGAAGCAUGGAGUCGACUGGAGAUGGGACCGCCGCCGCACCGGCGUCUACGGUCGUGUACGAGUCGUUCUCGAAGGACAGUUUGAUUGAAAUAUUGCGCCGAUUCCGCCAUGAGCACCCGUCGUCUGUGGAGCCUAUGGACGCGAUCGCCCGCACGAUCCACGUGCCUGCAACCAACCCACCACACACGCCGAUCCCGCGUGGAAGUGGCGAGCCUUCCAAGAAGAAACAAAAGAUGGACAAGAAAGCACAAAAGCCGUUCGAUUUCUCACGGUACCGCACUCGACACGUCGCCCUCAAGUUCUCGUACAUGGGCGAAAAGUACGCCGGGUUUGCGCGUCAGGAUCACAUGGAGGAAACAAUUGAACGCUACAUGAUUGACGCGCUGACAAUUUCUCGGCUCGUCGAAAACUUUGCCACGUGCGGCUACUCCCGCUGCGGACGCACGGAUGCGGGUGUGAGCGCACUGGGCCAAGUCAUUGGACUUGUCCUGCGAUCGAACGUCCCGGCGGACGGCACGCUCUUGGACGGCAAAACCAUCGACGACAUCCAUGCAGGGGACACCUUCCGCGUCGAGAUGCCGGACGGCACGAUCAAGACCCUCGUCGAACUCGAUUACCCCACGUGCCUCAACUCGGCGCUGCCGCAUGAUAUUCGAGUGUACGCAUGGGCGCCGGCGCCGCCGGAGUGGAGCGCGCGUUUCCUCUGCCAAGGCCGGACGUAUCGUUACUUUUUUCACCGGCGUUCGCUCGAUCUCGACGCCAUGGCGUCGGCGGCGCAGUUGCUGCAAGGCAAGCACGACUACCGAAACUUUUGCCGCAUGGACCCGACUGUGACCAACUUUGAACGCGAGAUUCUGUCGUUUCAAGUGCAUCAGGUCAACGACGCGACCACCGACCCGUACUACGACCUGUGCUACUUUCAGGUUCACGGCCGCGCGUUCCUUUGGCAUCAAGUACGUUGCAUGGCGGCGAUCUUGUUUCUAGUCGGAAAGGGCCAUGAAUCGCCCGAAAUUGUCUCGACCUUACUUGACAUUGACGCGUGCCCGCGCAAGCCCCAGUACGAAAUGGCGCCGGACUUGCCGCUUGUCCUCCACGACUGCGCGUUCGCCUCGAUCGACUUGCGAUUCAUGCCAGGGGCUGUGAACCGCGUGUACCAUGACGUGGAGAACCAGUGGGAAGCGGCCAACUUGCGCGCCGCGUUGCUGCGGAACCAGUUGGACACGCUCAAGAAGCUGCCCGUGCAGCCCCAUCGCGCGAUCGUCGAGCUCCAGCGUCGCCAAACCCCGCAGACAGCAGCUCAUAUCGCCGCGUUCAACGCGUACGAUGUCGAUGCGCACGUGGAGUUUGGCGAGAUCUUGCACCGCCUUCCCGCUGCAGGCAAAGGGCUCAAGCACAUCCCGCUGCUCCAGCGCAAAUGCGGAUUCUCCUUUGAGGAAAAGAUGAACAAAGUCAAGCGGAAGGCCGCGAUGAAAAAAUUGGCUGCCGAUGCCGACAACGAAGUUGCCUAGUCGAAGCUGACCGCUGAGUGGGCAUUAUUCCAUUUAUUUUGACCAAUGAAUUUCACUGAAAUGGAUUGACGUUGCAUGAUUCGCUACAAAUUUAACAUUUCCACCAAUCAAACGAAUAUAUCUGUCACAUGGACGAGAGGUCGUGCCCACGACACGAUGUCGUCGGCUCGAUCGUGUGACGGCGCACCAGAAUAAAUAGGAGCUCAAGGAAGAGCUGCUAUGGAUCCGUCAUGGGCAGCAUGGCCGAGAAAGGGGGCUUGUGGCGGUGGGUGGGAGGGAUGCAUUGCCGUGAUUCGAAUGGGCGCUGACGCCCAAUUCGACGACAUGGCUGAUGCGCGGGGAGGCGGUCCGGUCCAUGCCACCAUCGGUGGCAUAUGACGAACCAACGGAUGGUCUAGCGGCGGCGUGGCAUUGUUCAAAACGCGACGUAGGGUUCGUACCCACGCUGCGCACGAGCCAGCAGCGGGGCAGUCGAAUCGAAGCACGGUGUUGUCUACAGAGGCGGCACUUGAGCGCCGCAUUUGGACCUGGAUAUUCGAGUGAGCGACGUACUAGUCGUGAUGGUC